UUAGUGUUUACCUAGUGUUUACAGUUUACCUAAUUUUCUCAUUUUCAAAUUUGUUCCAACUUCCCGCCGUUCCCGGAGAGCUGUGCUUACAAAUUUUUUUCUACGCAUAACGCGCGGUUAAUGUUGCUCCUUGGAGCUACUCUCCUCAGAAAGCAGCAGUGUCAGCAGUACGCUGAUUUUGUAUCUGUUUAACAUUGUUAUUUGUUAGACUCAUAGAGUCAUACUGUCAUAGACAUAAUUAGUGGAUCUGCAGAGAAUGGCUCGAAAAACAGCUGCAUUCGAGAUGCCAUGGCAGUACAAUUUCCCCCCGUUCUUCACGUAAGUCUUCAGCCAAAUCUGGAUACGCGGAAGCUACAGCUGGAUGCGUGGUGUGCGCUGGUGUUGAAUUAUCACCGAGCGAAUCGCCUUCACGUGCUGGAUAUCAACGAAGCACAGACUGGUGCCUUGUUCCAUAAUUCCGCCAUAAACAGAAAAUUAUCCCUGGAAGUGAUCAGUCUUAUCCUGGACGAGCUUCGACGCACAGGCAAUGUUGAAUGGUUGGAUAAGCAGAAGCGGCGAUGUUGGAUAUUGUGGCGCAGUGUCGACGAUUGGGCUAAAGUGAUUUAUCGUUGGGCUGUCGACAGUGGGAUGCUGAACACAGUUUGCACUCUUUAUGAACUUAUACAUGGACAUGAUACUGCCGAUGAAGAGUUCUACGGUAUGGACCAGGAGUUGAUGCUACAAGCUUUGAAAAUCCUAGAACGGCAAAAAAAGGCGGAAUUAAUAACUAUUGAUGGAAACUCCGGUGUCAAGUUUUUCUAGCACAUUAUUGUAGUCAGUCUUUAUAAAAAUUACCACAGAGUAUCUGUAAGUCCGUAUUUGUAUCUCGUCUUUCUCGUUCCCGUUUCUAUCGUUUAGUUUUAUUCAGAGCAUUUGUAUUUCACACUGGUAUGGAGAACAAAAACUGCGUGACACUUGAAAAUCAUUCCGAAA